AUGAAUAAUUAUCCCAUUUCGGAUUUUAUCGUUUCUGAUCCCGAUACUCAUUUGAAUCAGAACUUGCCGAAUGCUCCACUGAGUAACCAGCCGGUGUCUGCUUUGUCAUUGCAGCCAUGGCACCCUUUGGAAAAACUUUUAGAACUUUUAGACAAAUUCGAAAAAAAAAUACUGUAUGAUCACCCAUCUACUCGUGCCUAUUGUUCUAUCCUAAUGAUGAGCACUGCUGUGAAAUGGGUUGAUUAUGACCCUGAUGAAACUUACGACCUAACAACAGCAUUCCCCAAACUUCAGCUACCUUUGCGUAUGAACAACCAAGACCAUAUCAAGAUCACUGUUUGCUCGUUGUGCAAAACAGUAAAAAACUGUCAUUUCCCACCUGUAUUAGCAGCAAUACCUGAAGAAAUCAACAUGGUUCCAAUGGUGCUUCAUCAGACUAUCAAAGAAUAA